UCCUGGUUCUGCAGCCCGGCGCGUCCCAGCCACACGGCAGCAUCCUCACCCAAGGCGCACAGCAAGGAAGAAAACCCUAAAUAAUGACACUGAGAACCAAGGAGCGGACGCACAGCUUCAUCUGACGGCUCGUAAAGACCCCUGAGCUGCAGCCUGCUUUUCAUCGCAGCCCAGAUCCCCCUGUCUACAGGCCACGUGCCGGCCCAUGAUGCUCAGCGGUUCAGUGGACGUGCCCAGCCCUGGGGGGAUGAGUGUGGCAUCAGGCCGCAACGUGAUACGCAGCUCAAGCAUCAGCGGCACCAUGUACAGCCUGGAGAAGAGCCCGAGCAGCACCGGACCUGAGACCGGAGGAAAUAAAAAACGUCGCUCCAGCCUCGGGGCCAAAAUGGUAGCCAUCGUGGGGCUUUCACAGUGGAGCAGAAGCACACAGCAACUCCACCAACAGGGUAACACUCACUAUGGCGCUACUAAGAAGCUACGCAGCACGAUCAGAAGAAGCACCGAGACGGGCAUUGCCGUGGAGAUGAGGAACCGAGUGACGCGGCAGGGCAGUAAGGAGUCGACGGAUGGAAGCACUAACAGUAACAGCUCAGAAGGAACUUUCAUCUUCCCUACCACCCGAUUGGGCCCAGAGAGCCAGUUCAGCGACUUCCUAGAUGGCCUUGGCCCCGCCCAGAUUGUUGGGCGUCAAACAUUAGCCACACCUCCAAUGGGUGACGUCCAUAUAAGUGUGAUAGAUCGAGGUGGUCAAAUCGAGGUAGAAAUCACCCAGGCCAGGGGUUUAACCCCUAAACCUGGAUCAAAGAACAUUCCAGCGACGUAUGCAAAGGUUUAUGUCCUGGAGAACGGAGCAUGUCUUUCCAAGAAGAAAACCAAAGUGGUAAAGAAAACUCUGGACCCGACCUACCAGCAAACACUGCUGUUUGAUGAAAGCCCUCAGGGCAAAGUGUUACAGGUGAUUGUGUGGGGCGAUUAUGGCCGCAUGGACACCAAGUGCUUCAUGGGCAUGGCCCAGAUCCUCCUGGACGAGCUGGAUUUGUCCUCCAUGAUUGGUGGCUGGUACAAGCUUUUUCCCACUUCCUCUCUCGCCGAGUCCAGCAUCGGCCAGCUGACCCGACGCCUCUCACAGUCCUCACUCGAGAGUGCCACCAGCCCCUCGUGCACCUAAGCCACUGUCUUCUUUCAGUGUCUUUAUGGUUUUGUUCUCUUUUUUUUGUGCAAUUCAGUCUUACAAUGUAACUCUCCAACACCAGGAGUGGGAAGAUCGGUAUAUAUCAUCCACCAUAUAUUACUUCAUUCGGUCACAAGCUGGAAGGCUGCUAAUCCAAAAGCACACACACAGACACACACAGACACACACAAACAAAGAACAACAGUUGAAUGUGUAACAAAAUGUGAUUUUGGACCAGCGUACAUGCAGAAAGUAUGUGGUACAGUGAGAUUUAGCUUGUCAGUUCACACGUUCACACAUACACAAACACACAGACACACACACACUUUCCAAGUUUUCCAGAAGAUGUAGCAUUUCUACAUGCGCAACCCAUAAAAAAGCAGAACGCUUCUAAUCAUCUUGCUUGCAAUCCACCCAGGCUUACUUCAAAAAAAAAAAAAAAAACCUUUACUUCUGUUUUCCUAAAACUCUCUAUGCCAAACCUGCUCAAAUAUUUAUUUUUUAAAACCAAAGCAAUUCUUCUUAUAUGUAGUGUUUGUAAGAGUUAAAUAUGUAGCAGAGUCUAUCACUUAGGUGAGAUGCAAAAACAAAAAGAAAGACAAAUAAAAAAAGAAAUAAAUAAUUAAACCUUUAGCGUUUAGUCUGAUCUAUACACAGUCAGGUCCAGAAUGGUUUCACCCUUGAUAAAGAUAAAGCACAUAUUUACAAAAAAAUCUAAUCCAAAUCUGUUUUACUUCAAUUAUUUAGAUUCCUACAGUAGCUUUCACUUUCCUUUGGAUGUUUCUGUGGAUGUUCCAUCUCUCACCAAGCACACCAGCACUGAGCUUUUCCCUUUAACAACCCGGAACUUUCCAGAAGAUCUCCUUCGCAUUUCUUCCACUCAUGAAACAUUGAUUUUAAUCGGAUUAAGAGUUGGCGUGUCCUGAAAUAUUUGUACAUCACAAUAAUGGCCUUUAGCACAGUUUACAACAUUAUGUGAUCGCCUUCCUGAGCUUCCCCUCAAUACGGUCAAUAAUAUAAUCCCUUCAGAAGACAACUGUCCUCGUGCUGCCUCCAAAAUGCGUCAGACUUUUUUUUAAAUCUCAGAAGCACAAACACUGCCCAGAAGAUUUGCCAAGUAGCCUAUUUCCUUAAAUAAAACGAUUAUAUAAUCAAGUAUCUAUGAUAUAUUUAUGGUGUGUGCUGUAUAUUAUAUCAGGGAUGGACAAGUUAUAAGCCUGCAUACAUUUUUGUCCUUUACAUUUUUUGUAUUUAUAGUGGACAAGUAGAUUUUAGCAGGUCUAAUUAAUAGUAAUAGAUAACAGAUAAUGGAUAUUUGAUAGAUAAUAAAAUAAUAAUAAAAAAAUACCCUACUGACAUCAUAUUUUUGAUGAUCCAUCCUAAUAGACCAGUGAUAGCCUGCUGAUUGGGAGAAACCGCUUUAAUUACCGUAUUUUUCGGACUAUAAGCCGCUACUUUUUUCCCACGUUUUGAACACCGCGGCUUAAACAACGUAGCGGCUAAUUUAUGAAAUUUUCCCGGUUUCACAAACUUCAAGCCAAAAA